AUGGCCUCUGUUGGUGCCCUUCUAAUGCUGCUGCCUGUUGCAUGGACAUGCGCCCCCCAAAAAGCAGAUUAUGUGAUGGUGUCGUGUUUCCCCAACGCCAUAAUUGCUAAUGUCCCAGAGUGUCCGUACGGCUGGGAAAUUGACCAGCUGUCCCUGGGAGGGGUCUGUUACACUGGAACGACCACCCCAGGUUACUAUCGCUUCACCAUCCCAGAUCUGACACCCAAAAACCACUCCUACUGCGGCACCCUGGCAGAGUACCUGCCCGGCAAAGACCCCAAGUACGUCUUCUAUAACUCCAUUGUGUCAAACGAUACUUCACUUACAGUCAGGAAUCAGCCCGUCAACUACACUUUCAGCUGCACCUACCGGGCAGCCUACCUGGUCAACAACGCAGUGUUCAGCCAAAGAGUGGCUACAGUUUAUGUCAACAACGGGAGUUUAGGCACUUUUAGAUCACAGUUGUCUAUGAAUGUGUUCACGAAUUCGAAAUUCUUGUAUGCCAAAGAUGCUCCCUAUGUGAUUGACACAUCGGAGAUCGGCUCUGAAGUCUUCAUCGGUAUUGAGGCAAAAGGACUAAGUAACAGAUUCAAAGUUGUAAUAAACAACUGCUGGGCCACUCCCAGUCCCUACUCAACAGACAGGAAGAGGUGGAGUCUCAUCAUUAACAGCUGCUCAUCUGACAGCACUGUGACUAUUUUUGAGAACGCCAAAGACAGCCGCUCCAUGUUCAAGUUCAACUCGUUCCGCUUCCAGCGGCUGGAGAAGGUGUCGACUGUCUGGCUUCACUGUGAGGUCCAGGUGUGCGAUGGAGAAAGGCUCACCUGUCAGCCAGCUCCAUGCUCUAGCAGAAGUCUCUCAGCUGAAGCAGAGCCAAGUGGGGGCGUCCUCACUGCUGAGUUUCAAAUUAAAGCUAUCAAGUCAUCCAAUAAAGGACACAUAACAGGAACAUCAAUAUUCAUCCUGUUGAUGGUCCUGGUGAACACAUGUCUUGGUGUUGUAAAUGGACCAAAUAUGUAG